AUGCUCGGACGGGAAAACCAAGUGGAGGAGCAACAGGAGGAUCAACUGGAGGGAGCACAGGAGGAGGCACAGGAGGAGGAGCCACAGGAGGAGGAGCCACAGGAGGAGGAGCCACAGGAGGAGGAGCCACAGGAGGAGGAGCCACAGGAGGAGGAGCCACAGGAGGAACAACAUCCCUUGGGCAGGAAGCAGUUGUCAGCUGGAGCAGCCUUGCAACGAACAGGAGUGGCAGAUGGCUCUGAGAGCAGCAGUGCUGCUGGGGGGGAGAAGAAGGGGAGUGCUGGAAGGUUGGGUGGGAGGGCCAUUGGUGGGAGGAGAGGUGGGAAUUCACGUGGUGGUAGUGGCGCUGCUGCUGCUGGUACUGGUACUGGUUCUGGCUCUGCUGCUUCUGCUGCUGCUGCUGCUGCUGCUGCUGGUGCUGGCAGUGUGGGGCGGUGGGUGCAUGUGGAUGGGGGGAGGGGGGUUGUGGAUGGGGAGGAGAAGGUGGAGGGCUUGUUGAUGGGCAUGUCUCAGCCUCUCACGUAUGUCGUUGGCUUGGCGGGCGGUGGAGCCAAGGACGUCACAAGACGGGAUCGCACUCACCCGCUCUGUCCUCUCCUCCUGAGAUCGCUGAACAGCGAUCUCACCUCUCAGGAUGGAGUGCUCUACUCUCUCCUCCUCGCCGCCCCUGCCCUCCUUCAGCUACGCUGCACGCUGGUCACUGAUCUCGCCUGUCAGGGACGAAGCCUGGUGGAGCGUCCACCCUGCCCUGCUAACCCCUCAGCACCGUUCUCUGUAACCCCGCCACUCCCAGCCCCUGUCCUCGCCUCCUCCCCGCCCCCCUCCUCUGUGAUCCCCCUGCCGGUAUCCGCUGCAAGUGCAACUGCAGCUGGAACGGCAGGUCCAGCCAGAAGGAUUGCGGCAGUUGUGGGGGCUGCUGUUGCUGCGCCGACUGCUGCUGUUGCCACGCCAGCUGAAGGAGGAGCAGCAGCAGCAGCAGCAGCAGCACCACCACCACCACCACGAGCAGCCGCAGCAGCAUGGGACGAGCGUGCAGCAGCGGAGGAUAUGGAGAUGGACGUGAAGCAGCUCACAGAGCCACUGCCCUCCAACCAACAGGGGUCCUGUGCUGGGGGGUUCGUUCUUCCUGUUUCAUUACGCCCCCUCUCCCCUCACCUCACCCAUCCCGCACCUCUCUCCGCCUCCUCCCAGGCAUACCGCAGCCACCCUUUAUGCGUGUUGGAGCGGUGGCUGGGCGCGUACCCGUGCCUACGUCAGCGGCCCUGUGCUGGGGGUAUCAUUCUUCCGGGCAUACCGCAGCCACCCUCUAUAUGUGUUGGAGCGGUGACUGGGCACGCGUACCGCAGCCAUCCUCUAUAUGUGUUGGAGCGGUGGCUGGGCGAGUACCAGUGCCUGCGCCGCAGAGGCCCCGUGCUGGGGGCUUCGUUCUUCCCAGUUUGCUACUCACACACAGCUCGCACACUCCCCCCCCCCCCUUCUCCACGCCUCCAGGCGUACCGCAGUCAUCCUCUAUACGUGUUGGAGAGGUGGCUGGGCGCGUACCAGUGCCUGCGCCCCAGGGGGCCCGUGCUGGGGGUGUGUGGGGGGGAGGCGGUGUUCCCCCGCGCGUGCGUGCAGCAGCUGAGGUCGCGGCACCAGUGGUUGAAAGAGGGCAGGCGCGUGCGCGACGGGGAGACGCCUGUCAAGACAGUAAGUUUCUUCAUCUUUCUCAUCUCUGCUUGUGCCCAUCCCUUGCUCCCUCUCUCCUGCACCACAUCACCCCUCACCCCUCCCUCUCAGCUCACACGCAAGCCCCCGACUCCUCGCGCCGUGCACCGCCGCAACCCCUACCAGUCACGCACCCACAUUCUGCCCCACGAGUGCUUCCCCUCCCACGUCGCUGCCCGCAUGCGUGCCACUGCUCGUGCUGGUGCUUCUGGAGGUGCUGGUGGUAGUGGUGGUGGGCGGAUGGGUGGUGCAGGGUCAACUGCUGCUGAGGAUGAGGAUGCAGCAGCAGCAGCCGUUGAAUCAAUGGACGGAAGAGGAGAAGGAGCAGCAGCAGGAAGUGAAACGGGAGCAGCAGGAGCAGGAAGGGCAACAGGCGACGAACCUUCCUCCUCCUCAUCCACAAUCACCAUUGAGCUCUUCGGCGAAUGGCAGACCGACACCUGGCGGCCGCCGCCGGCAGUGGACGGCCGAAUUCCCAAGAACGAGCGGGGGCAGGUGGAGGUGUGGUCGGAGAAAUGCCUCCCUCCCGGCACUGUUCAUCUGCGGUUACCGCGUCUUGUAACGGUGGUGCAGCGGCUGGGGUUUGACUUUGCGCCGGCGGUGGUGGGGUUUGAGUGGAAGGGGGGCAAGGCGACGCCGAAAUAUGAAGGGCUGGUGGUGUGUGCAGAGCACGCCGAUACUAUAGUGGAUGUGAGUGUAACGAAGGGGUGGGGUGGGGUGGGGUUUUGA